UAUAAGGCUGUGGGAAAGCCGCACCAACAUACUAGCGUAGUUGCUAAUGGUGCUAGGCCUUGUGGGCGCGUCAAGUGAGUACUCCACGAGUGCUCUCAGGUGACUUAGUGUACUUGCUAAUCGAAAGUGAGCUAGUACUAACCUGUGCAGGAAAGUGACUAGGGGCCGCUGAGAGAAGUGGGACGUAAGGGUCGAGACCUUUACAAGGGGCACAGCGCCGUCUUCCCUGCCCCCCUGGGCCUGGAUGGCUCUUCCGCCACCUCCGCAUGAUUCUAACCAACUCAGCCCAUACUCGUCAGCUCCCCCCCCCACCCACGCUGCCUCCAUCUCUCGCCUCGCCUUGUCGCGCAAUCGAGCACUUGCAAUGCCGCGCCACUGCUUCCCACCGCUGCCCCGGGGCUCUGCCCUCUGCUGCCGGAGGCGAGGCUGUGGCAUGGCUGAGAGGUCGAGAAUUGGGCACGGAGAGUUGUGGAGAGGAGAGCGACAACUCGGUGAUCGUGCGCUUGGGAGGUUCGCUGGUUUGGGCGAGAGCGCACUCCAGUGGCGCCGAGUUAUGCUGGGAAGAGAGUGCAGGGGAGAACCCUAAUGGCAGGGGAGAUGGGAGAGCGCGGGCUCGGUGGGGACGUUGAAGUGGAGGCUCGGGGUGCUGGCAGCGGAAUUGGGAGGCUUCGAUGGAGGGGCGAGGGUGAGUGGUGUUGCGGUGGUAUGGCAGGAAUGUGAGUGGCAUUCGCGUCUCUUUCGGGCGAGGGGCAGGAGGGCGGUGCGGAAUUGUGGCCAGGGGUUCGAGCGGGAGCUAUGGGUGGUGCCUUGGCAGGUUAGAGGAUGGUGCGUAUGGGAGAGGGGAGGGUGUGAGGGUGGUGGCGAGGUGGCAGAGCCAUGGUGAACCCCGCGAGCGUGCCAACGGAGUCGUCGAAAGUGCGGCGGGAGAGGGAGGAGAAGGACGCUGCAAUCGAAACUCCGAGCAGGAAGAGCAGGAAAGCUGGGAAGAAUGGAGCGGCCGGGGUCGCGGGCGACGCCAGGGUCCAAAUUACUGCGGGGAAAGGAGAGGAUAGGAACAAUGGCACGUUGGGAGGUAAUGCGGAGAGGGGUCCGCAAGGAGUCGCUGGUAGCAUCGGUGGCGAGGGCAACCCAGGUUCCGUGGAUCCGUCAGCUGCACCCGCAGCAACAGCAGAGGGUGCGUCCCGACCUGAGGCGCCCGGCGAGGUGGUGUACAGGAUACCGAGCUAUGCAGGUUGGUUUCGGUGGGACAAGGUUCACCCAUUGGAGAGGCGAGCGAUGAGCGAGUUUUUCGACAAGAGAUCAGCGGCGAAAACACCGAGAAUGUACAAGGAGUGCAGGGAUUUCACAAUCAACAGAUGCAGGGAGAACCUGAAGCAGGCGGUGACGUUCCAGGAGGUGCGGCGCAUGCUGAUCGUCUUUAGAGGGGGUACAGAGGAGGGUGCGGGUAGGGUGAGAGGAGGGUGAGGGAGGGAAGAGAAAGGCGACGAGGACCGAAGUAGGUGGACGGCGACUUGUGAUUCGUCAGGUGGUGGUUCAUGUGUUGUAGAAUGUGGGUGAGUGGCAGGUAGGCUGUGUUCGAUUGGUGAAGGAAAUGACUCGGGUGGGUGGGAACCGAUAGGGAUGUAAGGAGUCGGAUGGUCGUGUGUAGGUCGUAGAAGCAAGGCGUCGAUGGUGGUGUGAGCAGGUCGGGAACACUGGAGUGAGGAAUGAGAGGUUUCAGUUUCGGUAUUUUCGAGCGGGUUUUGAGGCGGUGUGGCGAAGUUUGGGGC